GUCAUAAAGUUAGAUUCCCCAGUUUGGAAACAAAAAUCUAUAAUUUUUUUGUCUUCAUUUCAGAUUGGGAUUACUCGUUAGGUUAACCUUGUGGUUAAGGCCAGGGCUAAGGCAGGGUUAUGUUUAAAAUAAAAAUGACGACGAGAAAUUGUAGAAGGUGGGGUUUCGGACUUUGAGGCUAUAGAAGAUAGUGACAACCGGCGAGAGGUUGGGAUAGGACCCCAACAUGCCAACCCAGCACAAGUGUUGUACUUCAGUGCUAUUUCAGAUUAUUGUCGCAGAUUAAUCAAUUUACGAUUCGUCACCAACAUGGAAACUGAUAUAAUUGACUCACUGGAAGAUUUGGGGUACCAAGGCCCUCUGUUGGAGGAUGGCGCCCUGGAAGCUGCAGUGAACGGGGGAGCAGCAGCACCCGAGUUCACCAAGCUGUGUGCCUGGAUCGUCUCUGAGCUAAAGCUGUACUGUCAGCUGGAGGAGAAUGUUAACGCCACCAACUGUCCCAGUGAGGCUGAUGGUUUCCAGAUGGAGAUGAGUGGUCUUAUGUCAGAACUGGCCUGUCCUUACAGUGUCCUCACCACUGGGGAUGUCACUCAACGGCUCCUCUGCAAAAAAAACUGCCUACUGCUCAUCACCUUUCUGAUCUCUGAGCUGGAGGCCUCCAGGAUGAUCUUGGUAAACAAGCCUCAGAAGGCUGCCCAGGAAGCGGGGGGUAGUGUUGAGUUCAUGGAGCUGAAGGGGAUCUGUAUGUCCUUGGGCAUGUCCAAACCUCCCGCCAACAUCACCAUGUUCCAAUUCUUCACUGGAAUUGAGAAGAAGCUGAAAGAAGCUCUAGCCAAAGUGCCAUCAACUCAUGUUGGGGGUCCUUUGAUGAAGAAGCCGCUUGGACCAGUUCACUUUGAAAAAAUUGAAGCCAUCAAUCAAGCACUUGUGAAUGAAUAUGAAGUCCGAAGGAAGAUGUUGCUGAAACGUCUUGAUGUGACAGUUCAGUCCUUUGGUUGGUCUGACAAAGCUAAGAAACACUCAGAGAAGCUGGCCAACGUAUACCCACCCCUGCGUUCAGCUCUUGCCACAAAGAGCAAAGUAUCGGUGGCCCACCUCUUUGCUGCACGGGAGGACCUCUCUAAGAUAAUACGCACAAGUAGUGGCAGGAUUAGGGAGAGGACUGCUUGUGCCAUUAACAAGGUUCUGAUGGGACGCGUACCAGACAGGGGUGGGCGACCCACUGAGAUCGAGGCUCCCCCACCGGAAAUGCCCACCUGGCAGAAGAGGCAGGAUGGUCCUCAGGGAGGGGGACAGUAUGGAGGGGGUGGACGAGGGGGAGGCAGGGGUGGCUUUGACCAGCAAUCUCAGGGGGGCAGAGGAGGUUAUGAGCGAGGAGGGGGUUAUGGGAGGGGUGGUGGGGGCAAGGUGCAGGGAGGCUGGUCAGAGGGGGGUGGAGGUUAUCAGGGUCAUUACCAAGAACGAGGAAGCCAAGGGGGUGGGGGGAGAGGAGGUCAUGGUGGUGGAAACUAUCAAGGAGGCUUCCAGAGCCCCGGUUACUCUGCAGGAGGACAUCAGGGUGGAGUAGGAGGAGGUGGCUAUCAGUCAGAUAACCAUUAUCAAGAUGGUGGUCGCCCCCAGGACCGGGGUGGCCGUGGGGGCCGUGGGGGUAGGGGAAGAGGCGAUGGUAGAGGAAGAGGUGAUAGUAGAGGAAGAGGACAGGGGGGAGGCUGGGGAGGGCGAGGCGCUCAACAUUUUAACCAAGGAGGACAGUUUGAACAGUUCUUCCAGCAAGGUGGUCAGCAGUACAAUCAGGCUGGCUUUAGUCAAGGGAGCAGGCACUACACUAGUUGAAAACAAAGUUCAGGCCACUGAACCAGAGGUCGUGCUGUAAUACUUUCAGAUAAUGAAGUGAAAAUGCCUUAUUUUCUAAAUGUGAAUAUACAGCAUGGUUACAAUUUCUUCCCUAAACAACAUAAGAAUGUGGAGAGUGACCAGUUAGUCUUCAACCGAUGACAAGGUCCAGGUCAUGCAUGACAUGAGAGCUCAAACAGACCAGGCCUUUUCGGAGUCCCAGGGACUGAAACAAAUGACUGUUUCCAUGUGAUCUUUUGCAUACGUGAGGGCUUUUGUGUUCCACUAUCUUGCCUCAUGAAUGCUAAGCCAACAAAUGUUGCUAUUGUGACACCACAUUUUCAAGCCUUAACUUGGAGAUUAUUUUAAAGAGACUACAUAUUCUAAGCGGACAAUUAUGGAAGUAUUGUACUCCAUCCUUCUGUUUUAUUGAAUUUGAUUUAUACUUGAAAAAAAAAACAGCUUUAUUCUUUAGUGCUUUCUUUUUUGAUUAUUCUUUCGUUUACAUUGGAGCCUGGAAAAUGCUUUGAUGUUGACUGAUGUCUCAUUGGUUACAUAUUUAAAAGACCCCACCUAAUGCUGCUUAUAGUCAGUAAUGUACAUACUUCGAUAUCAGAAAGACUGUUUGGAUGUGAGAACGAAUGAGGUGAGCAAUAAAAAUAAAAAUGGA